AUGCGGGAUAUUAGAAAUGGUUGGCUUGAGGCGGAGCCUGGCCGAGCAAGAAAAUGGCGGCUUAAUCCCCGAGCUCCGCCGAGGCCUCGCCGUAAUCUAACGCCAUCGAGCGCACCUGAGCCCCCACACCCCCCCUAACGUCCCCUGUCGCCCACCUUACCACAGCCCCUCACCCCCAAAUGGGAGGCAGCAGAAAAGCACGCAACUCCGCGGUCGCACCGAUCUUCCGGCAAAAGGCCGAGAAGGCCCAGGCGCCAUCUUUAGAGCACUCCCCAUCAGACUCCGACUCAGAAAUGAGCAGCCAGGCAGCCUCGGACCGGGCAGAGGCUCCACUAACCCGGCGGGACAUGAAGGGGUUCCUUGCUGACAUCCGGAAAUCGGUCGCGGAGGAGCUGGACAAGAAGCUGGGCCCGAUCAUGGAGGGAAUGGCGGACCUGUCAGCCCGCACACAAGCCACGGAAACCAAAAUGGCGGAGGCUAUGGAGACUGUGCAGGCGCAUGGCGGGGAGCUGCAGGCACUCCGUGAACAGCUGCGCUCCCUGGAAGAAUCUAACGAAGACCUCAACAAUAGAAGCAGAAGAAAUAACAUAAGG